GCCUGUGUGAAGGGCUACACCGCCUCCAUUCCUUUCUCUUUCUCUAUCGACCAGUCUGCGCUUGGCCUUGUCUGAGGAGCUCGCAUCCUUGGCUUUCCCCUUGCAGCACAGCUGAAGAGGGGCGCUUCUACAGACCCCAUCUGCAUCCUAAAACCGUUCUGUGUAACUAAAGGACUCAGUAAGCGCCGUGUGCGAUGUUGAGACUCAUCUUUUUGGCCGCUCUCGCCGGGUUCUCUCGAGCCAGUGAUGUGCUUGAGUACACGGAUGACGAUUUCGAAAGCAGGAUCGGAGACCAUGAGCUAAUUCUCGUGGAGUUCUUUGCCCCUUGGUGUGGCCAUUGUAAACGUUUGGCACCUGAGUACGAGGCAGCAGCCACACGUUUGAAAGGCAUCGUCUCACUGGCCAAGGUUGACUGCACUGCCAACAGCAACAUAUGCAGCAAAUAUGGCGUCAGUGGCUACCCAACCCUCAAGAUCUUCAGGGAUGGCGAUGAAUCUGGUCCCUAUGAUGGUCCCAGAACUGCAGAUGGGAUUGUCGGCUUCCUGAAGAAGCAGGCUGGUCCAGCUUCUGUGGUGCUCAAGGAUGACGCAGACCUAGAAAAGUUUCUUGCAGAUCAAGAUGCAAGUGUUGUUGGAUUCUUUGCUGAUGACAAGAGCCAAGAACAGGCUGAGUUCCUGAGGGCAGCGAGCGCCUUGAGGGACAACUACCGCUUCGCCCACACAAACUCUGAGGCUCUCCUCAAAAGCCAUGACAUUGAGGGAGAGGGAGUCGUUUUGUUCCGUCCACCCCAACUCAACAACAAGUUUGAAGACAGCUCGGUCAAAUUCAGUGAGGAUAAAUACACCAGCAACAAAAUCAAGAGAUUCAUCCAGGACAACAUCUUUGGAUUCUGUCCCCACAUGAAUGACAACAACAAGGACCAGCUGAAAGGGAAGGACCUUCUGGUGGCUUAUUAUGAUGUUGACUAUGAGAAAAACCCUAAAGGCUCCAACUAUUGGAGGAACAGGGUGAUGAAGGUGGCAAAGGGCUUCCUGGAUCAGGGCAAGAAGCUGAACUUUGCUGUAGCUAACAAGAACAUGUUCAGCCACGAGUUGUCUGAGUUUGGCCUGAAUCCCAGUGGCGAACUGCCUGUGGUGGCCAUCCGCACCGCCAAAGGAGACAAAUACACCAUGGCUGAGGAGUUCUCUCGUGAUGGAAAAGCUCUGGAGCGUUUCUUGCAGGACUACUUUGAUGGCAAGCUGAAGCGCUAUCUCAAAUCAGAACCCAUCCCAGAGAACAACGAUGGACCUGUUAAGGUUGUGGUGGCUGAAAACUUCGACUCCAUCGUUAACGAUGACAGCAAAGAUGUGCUGAUUGAAUUCUACGCUCCGUGGUGCGGGCACUGCAAAAACCUGGAGCCCAAAUACACAGAGCUGGGAGAGAAGCUGGCCGAUGAUCCCAACGUUGUCAUUGCCAAAAUGGACGCCACAGCCAAUGAUGUGCCAUCUCCAUAUGAAGUCAGCGGAUUCCCUACAAUCUACUUUUCUCCAGCUGGACACAAGUUGAGCCCAAAGAAAUAUGAGGGAGGUCGCGAGGUGAGUGACUUCAUCUCCUACCUGAAGAGGGAGGCCUCAAACCCGCUGGUGAUGCAGGAGGAGUCCAAGAAAAAGAAGAAGAAGAAGUCAGAGCUAUAAAAGCUCCAAACAGGAACUCAGCAGCACCCCUCCCUACCUCCACCACCACAACAGGAGGAUUGGGGAAGAAAAAGAACUAAAUUAUAUUCCUCUCUUAGUGAACUACAGAAUGGUCUGAAGUCAAAGACGUGGCCCUUCCUUUAGGUCCUCAUUGCACUGGGAAUGCUGUGGAAG